AUGGACGAAGCACAGCUCAAAGUUGAAUCCCUCGUGGAGACCCUGGUGGAGGAAUAUGUGUCCCCCGAGAAGGUGAUGUUCCGCUAUGACCGGGAAAAGAAAGUGGAGCUAAUGUACGAGCGGAAGAAGGAUAAAGAAGUGAACAAAAUUAGGGCCGACAUUGUAAAACAGUUAAUCCGCCUCUUAGAGAUAAAUCAUACACAAGGUAGGAAGAUACAUGGCACGCUGACAGAAAUAAUAGGUGCCCUCAAAAGCUACCUCUUCUGCAAUGAAAAUAUGAAGAGAGGAUCCGCAGUGAAUUUAAUUGCCCACCUGUUUGAAGAGAUCAGCGUGGUGGAGUUAGACACAGAAUACCUCGAAUGUCUCAUCCUUUUUUAUAUUAAGCUAAUCGAAGACUGGCAUUGUAUCAGUGGGGUCACCAGAUUUCUAUUGAUCAUGUUUGAGCGAUACAGGGACCUUUUGAAAGGCAUGAAGUUUUCCUACGAUGUGAAGAGAACGUAUAGGGUUUUAUUCCCUUCGAGGCGUGGGAAGGGGAAGAGGCACCCAGGGGGAAUCGACGUAUCUGGCAAAGCCGAUCGGGGUGACCAUCCAAAUGGGGUUCCCGAUCCGGGGGGGGACAGCGACCAUGGAAAGGAGUACGACGAUGGGGGGGAGUACGACGAAUAUGCCCCUCUUAAGGAAAAUGGGGGAUUCUACCACUCGGAUGGCUCCCAAGAAGACGAGGAUGAUGAUGGUUAUGGCCAGCGCGGUGGCCCCCAACGUGACAGUGAGGAGGAGCAGGAGGAAGAAGAGGACGAUGAAUCACAGGAAGAAAUGGAGAAAGAAAAGAACACCUGCGUUGUGUAUAAGAUAAUGAAGAGCCUCUUUAAGCACGUCCACGCCCCAAGCUACCUGCAAAACAUAAGGCUGAAUUGUUAUCGCAUCAUUUUGAUAUCCUUGCAGGAGUUUAGAGCCGAGAUGGUCUCCAUUCCAAACUUCAUUGACAAGAUCCAGGUGCAGCUGGAGAAUGAGUCGGACCCCAGAAAUAUUUUAGUGCUCUUUGAUAUAAUACACAUUCUGUGCAGUGGAUACAUAACACAUGACGAAGGGGGGGCAGUUCAAUCGGGCGCUACAGUGGAAUGGGGGCAGCCCGAUAUCGCAAAUGGGGGGCAGUGCUAUAUCGGGAGCGGAGAGGAGGAAGAGAAGUGGAAGGAGAAGAAAAGCACCCAGGAACGAAACCCAGGAGCCCUAUUCUCCCUGGACAGAGAAACACAAUACCUCAAGUCAGUGAUCGACAUCGCCUUUUAUUACUUCCCAAUAGAAUUUGUCAGCAGCGAAGCAAGGUACGAUAGCAUCACUGAGGAGGACCUACAGAGAGCCUUCUACAAAUGCCUCAAGUCAAACAAAAGGUUAGGAAACUACGUCAUAAUGAAUAUCCUAGACGAGCUCUACAACACACAAGAUGAUGAAAUAAAUGAGAAGAAUUUGGAAAAUAUAAAAGACACUCUUGAGGUAUGUGCCCCAUUCUAUGGUAGUGUCUGUUGCUCAGGGUUCAUCUCGACCAUCACAGGACUGAUCGAAUUGGAAUGCAUAGACAGUGAUGCUUCAGAUAAAAUGGCAACCUAUUUUGUAAGGAUUCUUCUUCUUUUCUUCCACAUUAUAAAUGAAGAAGAGGACGAGGUGCUGAAGCGAUCCCUAUUCGAUAUGCACUUUGCGAGAAUGUUUCGGAAGCUCAACACCUUCCUCAUUCUGCACAAGUGCCUGUGUAGUGAGAAUCCACCAUUUGAGGCGGUUGCAGAUGGAGCGGUGGAGCCCAGGGUGGAGCCCCCUGUGAGGGUAUCCUCGACUGGGCCUCCACGCCUGACGCAGCUCUUCCACUUGGAAGAGAUUGCAAAUUUGUCCGACUCUUCUCAGUCGGGAAGUGUGAAAAGUGGCCGCAGCAACGGAAGCGAUCGAAGCAAUCGUAGCAACCGAAGCAACCGAAGCAACCGAAGCGAGUGCAACAGCGAAAGCGACAGGAACAUCCUCGCUAUCAUAAGGGAAAAAAACCACAUCGAAAAAAUGAAGGAGAAGAAGGAGAGACAAAGGAAAAGGAACAAAAUAAAACUGAGCAAAUUCCCGGUGAUCGAAAAGAUCCUCAUGUGCAUAUCGAAAGAGAACACCUACGUCUUCCUGUACGUCCUUGAGACGACCCUUAAGCCGAUGCUCCACGAGUGCUACUACUUGGUGCACGCGCUGACGAGGGAAGGGGAGCCCCCUGCCCGGGGAAACGCGCAAGAGGCGCGACCUGGACAGGUAGAACAAGCUGAUGAAAGAUCACACCCUGAGAAUGGUUCACCCCUUGCGCGCAACGCGAAGGUCAAAGCCAAGUGGAACCUCGUCGCGACGUACCUCAGCUUUAUAAACAACGUGAUGAGCGAAAGUGCCAAAGUGGAGGAGGUAGUGGCGACGAGGAUCAGCUUUGUGAAAGAAAUCUUUAUUAUCAGGGAACUGCUGAGAAUGGGGCGGGACCUGUUUUUUCACGAGUACCACGAUUCGGGUCUACACCUCUUUGGCAUCCUGGCGAGCUUCGUGUCCAUGCAUGGGGGGGCAGCUGUGGGGGGGAGCAUCCCGAAGAGCGGCACAGAGCAGGACGAAGCGGGUAGUGGAACGAAAGAAGCAGUUGGCAACUCAACGAACGACACAACUGGCAACGUAAUGGACAACGUAACGAACGACGUAACGAAGGACGACACCCUCUUACACCAAGCGAUCAUCCUCUUCUUCUACUUGGUCGGAAUGCACCCCGGGGGAAACGUGAAGCUCCGUGUGCUGGGCGACAGCGGACGCGACCUCCUGGACCAGCGGGGGGAGUACAGCCUCAUUAAGAGCGCAGACGAGUGGAGAAGGAGCAUCCUCGAGGACCACCAUCAGUUAACCGCAGACAUCAAUCUGAACAACGAAAAUAUUGUGCGGGAAUGUAAAGAAUAUAAAAAAAACGAUCUGCUUUUUUUUCUCACGUUAGUAAGUAAAAUCAUAAAACACAAAUAUGACCAUAUUGGCAGCUAUGUAAACACAUUGCUGAUGAACAUGUGUUUCCUACUGCUAAAGUUUCACUUCGAGAAGAAUGAAGAUUUGAAUUGGUACAUAUCUCUUCUAAGGGACACAUACCAGGUUGACAUUCCAGACCUCCUUCUGAUUUCCACCAAUGUGGCUUCCUUCCUGCUGAAGAGUUUUUACCACCGCGUUGAGGGAGUGAAGGAGGAGUUUCUCCACUUCAACAGGGAGGAAGGCAGCGGAGGCAGUGCCCGUAUUCCCUUAGACAGUCAGACGAAUUUCCAACUUGAUCUGGAGUUAUCUCCAAAGAUGGGUGAGUAUCACCCCCAUUCAGGGAUGACCCCCGGUGGAGUCAUUGCCGAACUUGUUCGCUUCGGUAGAGGCCCAAUUGGAGAGACUCUAAAGUGGAAGCGUGUCCAGGUUAAAUGCUUCCUUGUGCGUCCAACAGAGGGGGAAACAUUAAAGAGGUCAUACAAAAAGGAAGAAAAGAAAAAAAAACGUUGCGGUGAAGCAGAAGAGGAAGAGGGAGACACAACGUGGGAAAGCCAAUCGUUUAAGGUCACCAUGUGUGAACCGACAAAUGGAGAAGACAUCACAUCGUUUUAUCUUGCCUACAUAGUAAGUGUAGCGUAUUGGCAGAUUUACAAGACGUGUGAGAGGGUCAUGCGGAGAAGUGGACGUGAUCCGUCUGCAGUUUCAGAUGGGUCACCACAUGAAAGGAAAAACCAAGACAAGCUAAAAAACGAACUUUGCAAACCGCAUCUUCUUGUGAACAACAUGGAAGUGAUGGAACUCUGUAUAAAUUAUCUCUACGAGGAGGCAGUCGUGAGGGGCAUCCUCUCAGAAGGAACCUCAAAAGAGGAGGAAAAACACAAGGGAAACAGCAGAGUAGAUAAUCUGAAAUGCAUUCGAAUAGUGAAUAGCAAUGAGGAGCUCAGUUACUACGGGACAUAUGUGAACAAUUUGAAGGGAUUUAUUCCAAUAAAUGAAGUGAAAAAUAUACAACCGAGGGGACAAAUCAGCAGGAGGCGGGAAACUGGGAUGAUGGGAUAUUCCCAAAUAAGUCCCUUGACAUAUCUCACCAGCAGCAACCCGUUCCGUAAUGUAAACGUCUUCGAGACGGCCACAUUGCUGUACAUUUUAAAAAUGACCUUAACCAGUCAUAUAAUUUGUGAAGAUUGGAGGGGAGAAGCAAUGGAAGAAGGGGAUGCAGAAAUGUGCACUCUGGCUAGUUACCUAUAUCGGAAAGUAAAAAAAAACGUGAAUCAUAUAUUUAUCACCAUGAGUGAAGCGAAGAAGAGAGAGUUUAUCGAGACGCUGAUCGAUUGCUGUGUAGGUGAGGACGUAUACCCAUACAUGUCCGAUAAGGAUGAUAUCUUUGGAGGAAGCAUUGAAGAGAGUUAUCACUUGGACAAUUUUCGUGGGGAGAAAUUCUCCUCACGUGUGAUGAACCCCCUUCUGUUGCUUUUUUUACCUGCCCUCCUGUCCAUCCACACACAAAUAGGACAACACCACAUGCAGAGAUUAUUAAAAUUGUGCAUGUACAUCUUUUUAUUUAACCUCCCCUUGGAGAGGUCCUCGCCCAACCGCGUUACUACCUGUGAGAGGGACUCAAGUGGAGGGAGUACCUCUUGGGAGAAUCUGACCACAGCCGCGAAGAAUGGAAGUGCACGCCCCUCACGGGAAUACGUCUCAAAAUUUUUACACCAAAAAGCUAAGGAGCAUUUCAAGGAAGGGGAAGUCCCCUUCUGGCGUGGCGACCACGUAUCAGAUUGUCUUCUCCACCUGGAUCGUGCCAAUUUAGAAAGUGUUCACAGAUGCGCCCUACAGAUUGUAGGCAUCCUACUGCAUAACUGGGAUGGCAUUCACAAAAUGGUGAGCUUCAUUCUAUCCCCAUUCGAUUUGGUCGACGAACUUGGCAUAACCUUAAAUGGUGCAUUAUCUUUUAAGCGCUUCAUCGACCUGUAUGCAGCGACGUAUGAGGCAUUUAUACGCAGGUGGGAAAAGGGGAGCAACGUGGGAGAAGCCGCUUCCAUGGGGGGAGAAGCACCUUCCGGGAUAGACGAAUCUCCACUGGUCCACCUUCUGAGCACACUUUUCGAAGCCCCCACCCAAGACCCAACAAACCGGCUGUUCUAUCUUCUAGAUUGUGUCUACUUUGGCGAAGAGGACCCCCAGUUUUCCCAAAUAUUUUACAGUAGAGGCGAAAAAGAAUAUCACUUGAGAGAAAAACAGACUGCCAACGUGAUAGAAAUUCGAUUGCUCGAUAGAACCUCCUUGAAGGAGAACAAUCGAAAGGGGCCCAUCACAGGGGAACUGAAGUCUGUGAUAUUUAGCCCUCACGAAGAGGGAGCAAUCAGAGUAGUCCAUUUGAAAGGGGUCAUGCGCCUAGCCGUGGGUCAGUCCACUGGAGGUGGCGAAGAGAAUGAACAGAACAACAUCAGUAGUGACAGAGACGAGGGCAACUUCUUCCUUCGCCGACAUUUCCUCCAUUUCUUCGCCCAGCAUUUGUCCCUCAACUACGAUUUGACAGUUCACCUGUGGAAACAUAGCUCACACGAAGUGGCAGAGGAAAAUCUGCAACUCGUAUGCGACAGCGUGGCAAGUGCUUCCCUUCACCAGCACACAUUUAAGCACGUACUGAUCUGGCAUUUCUACCUGUACCCCUCCCAUGUGUACAGUCACAUUUACUCAGUCAUUCACAACAUAGAUACGAAGCUUCUGUUAAGGGAAGAGAAUUAUAACCGUGUUGCCUUCACCCCCAGCGAUGCUUUCCUCACCUUAUGUAGAAAAGAUUUGUUGCACUUUAUUUGUACCAUGUAUAAUUAUGUCUACUUCAUCGAUGUGACUGAGAGGUUCCUUUCCAUGUCGGAAUUCAUUUGGCUCAUGCAGAGGGAGAAGUUCUCUUUUGAUUACUCUCUUCCCUUUGAUGUCAUCAGGAGGAAUGAGAAGACGCUAAUUUUUUUGGAGAAACUCAACACCUAUUUGCGCUCCUGGGAUGAGAGCAGCGAUACGGGCAUUUCGAAGUCAGUAGCGCAGGAGACGCAGACAAUGGACAAGGUUAAAAGGGAAUACAGCUCAGAUCAACACCUCUCCGAUUCCCUCGCGCGAGGAAUGAUUAACGGUAUGGAUGGAUCUCAUCAGCAGGUGGAACUACACAGUGAUAGUCACCCCCCAAAGGAAAACCAAUCAGAUGGGCACCCCCCAAAGGGUAGUAACUUCUUCUCCCUGUUACAGAAGCGCAAAGAGAAUAAGAUACUAAAGUACAACUGUAAGUACCUGUGUCUAGUCCACCUGGCGUCCAUUGUGCUGCUGAACACACCCAUGGAGGGGGCACUACACGAGCAUUACAACGUCAUGGAGAUUUGCAUACUCAAAGGGAUAGGUAAAAUUUCGAAUUUUUUUAUAAGCAAAGGGGAAUACACGCGUAGCAACAAGAGGUACAUUAACAGGGUGCUGCGGACCAACGCUGAGCUCGUUCGUGUUCUGUUUGCCGAGGGGGCGGAGGGCCCAGGUGCGAAAGGAGAAGGGCAUGAACCUACGGAUGAGUCUCCAAUCGGGGGAGAACACCAUGAACGUACGGGGGAGCACCUAAUCGGGAGGGAACUUGUGUCACUACUCCUGGUGCUGGCCCUGCGCCUCCUCUAUCUCAUAAUGAAUCUUUUCAAUUUCGUGUUGUCAAAGGAAAGACAUAUUUGGGGGUCCUGGGAUGGGUCAUCCCCCAUAGGAGCGUCUCCCGAAGCACCUCCGAAAGGCGCUCUUCAGGAGAACGUCCAAUUUUUAUUGUCGUACAAAUGUCGCCUGGUGAAGAGCCUGCUCAAGUUAAUCGUGUCUAUACCGCUGCCUUUGGCUAGGUAUCAGUGCGCCUGUAUUUUUUAUAUCAUUUCGUUUUUAAACUACAAGUCUUUCCUACCCUAUGAUAUCAUCCAGGACAUUAAGUGGUACUUGUCUAUCGCGUCCGUGGACCCGCACAAGAAGGUCAGGAAAAUGGUGGUGCUCUGCAGAGCCAGGUGGAUGUAA